UCUCUCGACUACAGCAAGGGCUCUCUCUCUCUUCAUUCGGCAAAAUCUGCCCACCUCUCAUGGCCAGAGGUGCAUGUGCUUCUUUUGUUUUGGGCUUCGUGACCUUCAUGUUAAUUGGGGGAUUCCCUUCUUUUGUUGAAGAUAUGAAGAUGUUUCAGAGAGAGAGGCUAAAUGGACACUAUGGGGUGGUUGCAUUUGUCGUAAGCAACACCCUCUCUGCAAUGUCAUUCCUGAUCACUUUGUCUAUAUGGGCCCUCAUGCUUAAGGUCUUCUUUUUGUUUCUCUCAAUUGGAUGGAUGAUAGGCAGUUGGUAUUCUUCUGGAUGUUCAGACCCUUAUAUUGCUAUCUAGCUAGAUUUGAUUGGUUAAUGGUUGAUGGACCCUUAUAUAGCUAUCUAGCUCAUUGAAAGAGAUCUGGAUUAUCAGCUUAAUUUGUAAUUUAUUUUAGAUUUGUGAGAUACUUGUUUUAAAACGA